AUGGGGCGCCUCCGAGCUGUGAUUUCAGGGUGCCUCUAUUGGGGAGGCAGCUGUGAUUUGAAAACCUCGUUUCCUUGGGUGACUGUUCAGAAGCUCUGGAUGAAUUGUGCUGGGUGCAACCCAACCCGGAGGCUGCGGGCCUGGGGGGGCCUGGCUGGAGGUGCAGCACUCAUGGCCCUCUGGCUCCUUUGGCAGCUGGAAUCAGCUCCUGGGGGUGCCCCAGCGCCUCAGCCCACGGUCACCAUCCUUAUCUGGCACUGGCCUUUCACCGACCGGCCCCCAGAGCUGCCCCGUGAUACCUGCUCUCGCUACGGCGUGGCUAGCUGCCUCCUGAGUGCUAACCGGAGCCUGCUGGCCAGCGCAGACGCUGUUGUUUUCCACCACCGUGAGCUGCAGACCUUGCAGUCUCGCCUGCCCCUGAAACAGAGGCCGCGUGGACAGCCUUGGGUCUGGGCUUCCAUGGAAUCUCCCAGCAACACCCGUGGUCUCCAUCACUUCCGAGGCAUCUUCAACUGGGUGCUGAGCUAUCGGCGUGACUCAGAUAUCUUUGUACCCUACGGUCGAUUGGAGCCCUACUCUGGGCCUACACCCCCACUGCCGGCCAAAAGCAAGAUGGCUGCCUGGGUGGUCAGCAAUUUCCAGGAGCGGCAGCAGCGUGCAAAGCUGUACCGGCAGCUGGCCCCUCACCUGCGGGUGGAUGUGUUUGGACGUGCCACUGGACGGCCGCUGUGCGCUAACUGUCUGCUGCCCACUGUGGCCCGGUACCGCUUCUACCUGUCCUUUGAGAAUUCGCAGCAUCGAGACUACAUCACCGAGAAGUUUUGGCGCAAUGCGCUGGCAGCCGGUGCUGUGCCUGUGGUGCUGGGACCUCCCCGGGCCACCUACGAGGCUUUUGUGCCACCAGAUGCCUUUGUACACGUGGAUGACUUCAGCUCAGCCCGCGAGCUGGCUGUCUUCCUGGUCAGCAUGAAUGAGAGUCGCUAUCAGCGCUUCUUUGCUUGGCGAGACCGGCUCCGUGUGCGGCUCCUGGGUGACUGGAGGGAACGCUUCUGCACCAUCUGUGCCCGCUACCCUUACCUGCCCCGCAGCCAGGUCUAUGAAGACCUUGAAAGCUGGUUCCAGGCUUGA